AGUAUAUCGAGUCUGGAAUAUCGCCACAGAUACGCAUAGACAUCCUCGAUACCUUACCUCGAACUUGCUGGUUCCCGACGAUCAUCGCCUGAUCGGAUACUUUUUCCCCCUCUACGGAAUCAAAACCAAAUCGAUCGAGAUCACCUGACCUCGGCGCGCUACCCCCUAUCCUCGAGCCCUCGAGCCAUGUCGUCCUCCCAGCUCGACAAACAAGAACCUCAAUCCUCGGCCUCGUCCAUCACCGUCGCCGAAAACCAUUACCACUCGCACGACCCAUCUUUACCAGCGAAAUCGAAACCCGGUUCGUUCGAGGACCACACGCUCAAACCUCGACCUUGGAUCCGCAAGACCACCCCUUACUCCAGGAUCAUCGAACAACCCUACGAUGGCGCGGGGACGAGGGAACAACCUUUCCUCAUCGACUGGGUGUCCUCCACCGCUCCUUCGACGGAUAUCGGGGAGAAGGGCAGCGAUGAGUCCAAGUUCGUCGACGUAGAGAACCCCAUGACCUAUGGGAAAGCCUACAAGUGGUCCAUCGUCGUCUUGGCUGCCAUGUCCACUUUGGGGGUGUCGAUGGCCAGUUCGAUGUUGUCCGCCGCCGUGUUCGACAUGCGGGUCGAUUUCCCUGGCAAAUCAAUCGAGAGCUAUAUCAUGGUCACCUCCGGCUUUGUCCUCGGAUUCGUCCUCGGUCCCUUCAUCUGGGCCCCCAUGUCCGAGAUCUACGGCCGUCGUUCCCUCUUCAUCUACACCUACAUCGCUUUCACCCUCUUCAACGGCCUCGUCUGCGCCUCCCAAAACCUCGCUACGGUCAUCGUCUUCCGUUUCCUCGCCGGAACCUUCGGAGCGUCGGCCAUGACCAACGCCGGAGGGGUCGUCGCCGACGUCUUCGAGGCCAAACAACGAGGUCUCGGGAUGGCCGUGUUCGCUUCUGCACCGUUCAUGGGCCCAGCUAUCGGACCCAUCAUCGGCGGGUUUUUGGGUGAACACCGGGGCUGGCGCUGGGUAGCCGGUCUCCUCACCUUCUUCUCCGGUUUCCUCACCCUCCUCGGUUUCCUGUUCCUGCCCGAGACUUACGGCCCUGUUAUCCUACGUCAACGAGCCAAACGGUUGUCCAAGAUCACCGGGGACGUCUACCUCUCCCGUGGAGAUGCGAGCGCUCCGACCAAGGCGAGGCAGGUCUUUGGGAAGGCUCUGGCUAUGCCUUGGAUCUUGUUGUUCAAGGAGCCUAUCGUCGCGCUCAUGGCCCUGUACUUGGCGGUGAUCUACGCCAUCCUCUACAUGCUCUUCACGGCCUUCCCCAUCGUCUUCCAACAGAACCGCGGAUGGUCCCCCGGGAUCGGCGGUCUCGCAUUCAUCGGUAUCGCCGUCGGCGUAGCCCUCGCCCUGGCCUACGUGGUCGUGAUCGAGAACCCUCGAUACUCCCGUAAACUGAAAACUCAGGGCGGUUGGCUCGUCCCCGAAGAGAGGCUCUUCACCGCCAUGGUAGGCGGCAUCAUGCUCCCCGCUGGUCUCUUCAUCUUCGCUUGGACCGCCGUGCCCACCCACAUCCACUGGAUCGCUCCGAUCAUCGGUUCAGUCCCCUUCGGGUGCGGAAUGGUGCUCGUCUUCCUCGGAGUGCUCGGGUACCUGGUCGAUGCCUACUUGAUCUUCGCCGCCUCGGUCCUCGCUGGGAACACGGUCGUCAGGAGCAUCUUCGGGGUAGCCUUCCCCCUCUUUACCAAACGCAUGUGCGACAACCUCGGAGUCAACUACGCUGGAACCCUCAUCGCUUGUCUCGCCUUGCUCUUCGCUCCUUCCCCCUUCAUCUUUUACGUCUACGGCAAGAAGAUCCGGAGGUCGACCGCUUUCGGACGGAUCGGGGACGAUAUCGGUCAGAUGCUCAAGGCGGGCAUGACCCCCGUGCAGAUCCAGAAGGCCAUGGCCGCUGCUGCUGCGGCGAAAAAGGCCGAGGGCGAGAAUGAUGUCCCCGCCGUGGUGGACGUCGAGGCUUCGAUCAAUGCGCCGGCCAUCGCUUCUGCUGGUGACGACGCUGUCGGUGCCGCGCAGAACGCUACGAAAGAGCAGGUCUAGAAAGACGAACGCUCGGGACAAACGCUCGGGAAUCCACGUACGACAACAAUAGAUGCAAACCGAUUAGAUGCGUAAAUAGAUCAAAUAGAUACCAGUUGUAGCCAGUAUCCCACCCAUCAGCAUGGAUUAUAAUGAUCGUACAG